UUCAGUUUAUUUGUUUUUCUGAUACCCCACAACCGUCAAUGAGCUUCCCAACCCACGUCUAAUCCGCGUUUGUUCUUCCAACUUUCAAUCCCCACCAUGUCCGACCUCUACCUUUCACAUGUCAGGAACUGGAUCCUGAAAUCUCCGCCGGCGGAAUGGGUAAUUAGAAGUGGACGAGAGCUGCUUAUUGGCACUCUGAAGCAGGGACCGAUCCCACGACAUGUCGCGUUCGAGAUGGACGGCAACAGACGUUUCGCUAAAAAUCACAAGAUCGAGACUAUCGAAGGCCAUCACCUAGGCUUCGAGGCACUUGCAAGGGUUCUCGAGAUUUGCUAUAAGUGUGGUGUCAAGGUUGUUACCGUCUAUGCUUUCAGUAUCGAGAACUUCAACCGACCUCGACAUGAAGUCAAUGGCUUGAUGUCAAUGGCCAAGGUGAAGCUGGAACAACUUAUUCAGCACGGCGAACUUCUCGACCGUUACGGCGCUUGCGUUCGGGUAUUGGGAGAACGGGACCUGAUCCCAGAUGAUGUGUUACCUUUUGUCGAUCGAGCCAUCAAUAUGACAAAGCAUAACAAGGAUGCUACACUCAACAUCUGCUUCCCUUACACUUCAAGAGCCGAGAUGACCAGUGCUAUCAAGGCUACGGUCGACGAAUACACAAAUCCGCCUCGACCUGCAAGCACGCCGUUCUCGCAAACACGGAUCACUCAGAAGAUUCGAUCUAACAGAUCCAAGAAGUCAGGCUCGUCUUCGCCCAGAGAUUCUUCCCCAGAUGGUAACGGAAAAUCGGAUGUGGAUGAUUCAAUGUCUUCGACUACUGCUCUGGAUCCCGAAUCACCACCUCUCGCAUCUACACAAGUAAAGCCAGUCAAGUUCCUGAACCCCGAGAACAUCACAGCCGAGACUAUCAAUAGUCAUACUUACACUGCAGAGUGCCCGCCAUUGGAUAUGUUCAUCCGGACCAGUGGCGUUACGAGACUGAGCGAUUUCAUGUUGUGGCAGUGCCACGAGAAUACUCAGAUCUUCUUCUUGAAGUGUCUAUGGCCCGAGUUUGAUCUAUGGCAUUUCGUCCCUAUCCUUCUCGAGUGGCAAUGGCGACAAAAGAAGCUCUCGGAGAAGGAGGCCACACGCAAAUGAAUGAUCAUACGGCACAGCUUUGUAUUAUUCUGGAUUGGCGUUGAGGCGUAAUGUUAGAAAUUACGCUCUUGGCAACGGUAGUGCAUUUUCCUCGGGUACUUGAAUCAAGCUUGGGACUGAUGCACGAUAAAUGAAUUAAUUUCUGAUAUAAAAGGAAAACUUUCUUAUAUGUGGGAUUACGUGAUUGCAUCAAUGUGCCGUACCA